AACAUGUGAUGUAGGAGAGCGGUAACGUAUAUUUAUAGGGAAGUCAAUUUGAAUAUCGAUAUAGAAUUAAACCGUUUACUCUUUUAGCAUCAGUGAUAUACUUUAACUAUCUGACGAACGUCGAACAUGAACGAAGAUAACGAAAUGGCAAAAGCUUUACGUUUAAUUAACGAAAAGAUACGAAUGUCGUGGGAAAAGAGACCAAAGAGUAUACUUUAGUGUACUUACUAUACAAGAACUUACAUCAAUGGGGUUUACAGAUAAACAUUAAGAAAACAAAGGUGUUGGUGGAAAAAGAAUACUGGGAAGACAAAAGCUAACAUUGGGACUGAUGGAAAGCAGGUAGAACAAGAGUUUGCUAAUUCUUUGCCUCGUCUGGUGGCCGUUAGCAAGACCAAACCUAAGGAAAUGAUCAUAAAUGCUUAUAAUAACGGACAGAGGCAUUUUGGCGAAAAUUACGUUUCAGAAAUUGUUGAAAAAGCAAAUGAUCCAGAAAUAAUUGAAAAAUGUAAAGAAAUACAAUGGCAUUUCAUUGGACGUUUGCAAAGAAAUAAAAUAAAUAAAUUACUAACCACAACCAAUUUAUACCUGAUUGAGACGAUAGAUUCCAAGAAGCUGGCUGAAGCUGUGGAUAAAUCGUGGAAAAAAUUGGACAGGGGGCACAAGUUGAAAGUGAUGAUUCAAGUAAAUACGAGCGGAGAAGAAAAUAAAAAUGGAGUAACUCCACAGGAAGUCACAGACUUAGUCAGUUAUGUACGCCAAGAGUGCUCAAAUUUAGAAUUUUCCGGUCUCAUGACCAUAGGAGCGCUAGGUCACAACGUUGCCAAUGGUCCAAAUCCAGAUUUCCAGAUUUUAGUUCGGUGCAGAAAGGACGUCUGCACAGAUUUAAAAUUAGAUGUUUCGGAAGUGGAAUUAAGUAUGGGAAUGUCCAACGAUUUCGAACACGCAAUUGAACUGGGAAGUACGAACGUCAGAGUGGGAAGUGCAAUAUUUGGAUCUCGAGACCAAACAGCGAACGACAAAUGACGUCCGUAUACAAAUUGGACGAGGAUGUCUGUUUUAGAACAAAAUAUUGCAUGUAUAAAUAGUAUAUUUUAAUAAUAAUGUUAUUUGAGGAUGUAAAAUGCAGAUAUUUAUGUUCAACAUAUUUAUUGUAAAUCAGGUUAUAGGUAUUUCAUAAUCUAUAUAAAUAAAUCUUAUGUGGUAUCACAUUAUUCAUAGAGUUAUCUUUUACAUUAAAGCUUAUAUGCACAAGUAUACACUCGUAAAAACAAAGAAGGCAAGAAAUGCCUUAAAAUUGAUGAAAUUCUCAGUUCCAGAUUUAUUCCAAAAUGAAUUUUUCAGUUAAAACCACUCUAGAAUAAGUACUGGUGCCAACUCUAUUUUACACAGCAGAGUUCGAUUUGCAGUGGCAAAACCUCAUUUUGUGUUUUGAGGUGAUAUUUCCCUUAAGACAAUGUAAUCAACACAUGAGAUGGGAACAAUGUUAUGCACAAAGCAUGUGAAGAAUUCAUAGAUAUAUCACAACACAGUCACUAUCAACAAGAAAUAAGUUGUAAUAAAAAUUUUAUAUAGCAAGGUGAAAUUUUUAUUUCAAGUUCACUUUGAAUUGAAGUGGAAAGAUUUUGUAAUUUGUUAGAUUGAGUUGUCAAACACAAAGUAAAAUAAUCCUUCAUCUAAAGUCACAAGUUCAAAACUGCCAGUAAUGAAAUUCUUGAUUCGAAACGUGUCAUACUCUAUUUGGCUUGAACCAACUCUUACAAAGAGAAAGGAAGCUCCCCACUUGACUAGUAAAUCCCUCGUACCGUAUAUGUCCUCGAUAAGGCUAUACGUGGUGUUUCCAA